AUGAGAGCUACGGAUAAUCUGCGUUACUACUUGCACGAAGCACGACUUCCGGACAUGCACCACGGCCCACCUGUCGCCAGUAGGACAGAGUUUCUCCCCGAUAGUCUGGGCGUUCGUCCGCGACGCUAUCGCAGACUCGAAGCUGUCCACCCCAUCGAUGUGGAACUCCUCGGUGACAUGGUAUUUGGAUGGACCGAAGCCUACACACCUUCGACGCCAUUGGGUGUCCACGACGAAGAUGAAAGGACAGGGGAACGGUUUACCGUUUCAUGCAAGCCUUGCUUCUCCAUACCUUCCUUACCACUGGGCAGAGCCAACGACAUGGAACGGGUAUCGACAUGGAUAGACAAUUUCCCGCUAGAAAGCGUCCUGCGGACGAUGCAUUUGCUUUAUCCUGAAUCUAGAUCCUUCCGAUUCUCGUUUUGCGACGAGAGCUCCGCACAGUCAUCUUUCAGGAAAUUGUCGUGGUCGGAAAUCUCCAUGACUGAUAGUAGCAGGAGCAAAUGCGUGAAUGACACAUUAUCUCUGUUUUCUUUUGCUCCGUGGGUGCUUUCGGAGGAGGAGUUGCAAGGUUUUGUUCGUCCCCAACGGUUUCCACAACAACGAAGGGCUCAGGCUUGCUCAAGCGAGCUCAAGCGUUAUCCCUUUCAAGAGCGAGAAUGGUUGUGGAGCAAGGUGUGGGAUUCGUGUUUUUCCAGCGACUGUCGGUGGUUUGUGGUCACCACAUACAAACAUUGGGUGUUUGGCGUAUUUUCACCGAACUGGACCGAUGUCUUUGUCUCCCCUCUUUACAGAUAUGAUAGCUGCGACCCAACAAUAUUGGAACUCUUACUCUUCUGGGUGGCGUCGGCUAUGGGCUACGAGGGUGGUUGGAUACCUCCAGAAAUUCGUGCUGAAUUCAAGCUUCCUAUUCAAUGCUUAAGCGCAACAGUCACGGAUUUGUUUUUCAACGUAUCCAAAGCGAUGGCCGUGCUUGUGUACCAAUAG